AGCAAAACAAUGCAGCAGCGACGCGGUCUCCUGCACGUCACGCUGCCUCCAUUCCUUCAUUAUUCCUUCACGCAUUCCACAACCCUCCCUCCCUCCAUGAAUCGAUCGCCAUCCCAUCCACGGUCUCGGUCGUUGACUACAAAUACACGCCUCCUCCUCUCCAGAAAGCCCAUUGCUUCGCUUCAUCGUCAGAUCGCCUACUGCUACUGCGUUGAUUUCCAUAUAUACCAACCAACCCUCGAUCGAUCAAGCCUAAGCCACCCUCGAUCGACCAUGGCCGCUUCUUCCUCCUCCUCGUCGGUCAGGCAGAGGCAAGCAGCCGCUCAGGCUCAGCAGCCGCAGCUCCUCCUCCAUGAAGAGCAGCAGCAAGACCUCCUCCCCAAGCAAGAACCACCGCCCCCGCAGCGGUCGGUCUUGUCCCGGGCGCUGACCUCGACGGCGAACCUUGCCAACCUGCUCCCCACGGGCACGCUCCUGGCCUUCAACCUGCUGGCCCCGACCUUCACCAACCACGGCGCCUGCGACGCCACCACCGCGCUCCUCACGCGGGGGCUCCUCGCCGUCCUCGCCCUCUCCUGCGUCCUCGCCUCCUUCACCGACUCCCUCAGGGGCCCCGACGGCCGCGUCUACUACGGCGUCGCCACGCCCAGGGGCCUCUGGCUCAUCGACUACCCGCCCGGCGCGCCGCCGCCGGGGGACACCUCCAGGUACAGGCUCGCCUUCGUCGACUUCGUGCACGCCGCGCUCUCGGUCGCCGUCUUCGGGGUCGUCGCCGCCAGGGACAAGAACGUCGUCAGGUGCUUCUACCCGGCGCCGCCCAAGGAGACGGAGGAGGUGCUCGACAUCCUGCCGCUCGGCGUCGGCGUGCUCUGCAGCCUGCUCUUCGUCGCGUUUCCGACCACAAGACACGGCAUCGGGUACCCCGUCACCAACGGCAAUUAAGACUAGACUACUCAUCUCUUGUUUAUGCGUUCUCAAACUACAUGAUGUACAAAUUAUGGAGCUACCUCUGCUUCAUGAUUAUAUGUAGUGUAUAUAUUAAUUGGAACACUAUUAUUGGGAUGGGUUGAUUGAUUA